AAACACCAGAAGCCUCGGGAUAUUUUUAGCGCUGAUGAUGUCCGCUGUCAUCUAGCGUAACGGAAAGAUCAUCUCGGGAAUCGAGCGACAGCUAGCGAAUCUACACGGUGCCCGCGCUCGCUCGCUUAGCGUCGCUUUAUUUAACAUGAGGACUGAACGGGGUUUAAUUAUAUGGACUGCGAUGCUUCUUCAUACGUAUUUGAUAAAAGGUCAAACAUCAGACUCGGCCCCAGACUUGUUCACCUCUCUGAAUGAAGUCAUUUCUAAUGAUCAUGUGACUUCCAAAAGUGUCAUUUUGGAAUCACGACUCACUUCAACCUAUCAAGAUGUCUCGUCUCCUCCGACAGAGUUCUCAAACCCUGAUGUCACACCUAAUGUUCCUCCAUCACAGCCAACCGAAGACAGCACGGUGCACAGUGACACCUCUUCUUCACCAGCUAUCUCACAGGCAUCACAAGAUGUCUCCACCCUCAACAUGGAGAAAACCUCAGUACCAGCCUCUUCUGUAAGUAGCACAACAGUUUCUGAUGUAAAGAGCACCAUUUCAGAAUCAGUAGUCACCACAGGUCCUGCAACAUCCAUCAGUCCAGGUGAAGGACAUCAGACCUUCUCUCCUCUAACCAGCAGUGUGUCCCAGACAACACAAGCAGCUCUGCCAGUCACCCUGUCUUAUCCUGCACCAUCUCAGUUUGCCCUGACCAGUAGUUCAAAGGUCACAGGCCCUUCUCCACUGGAACACCAGGAUGUGCCCUCUGAACUGGACGUGGGGGAUGAAGAAUCAAACAAAGUUCAACACGGUCCCACCUCCCCCCUGGACCCCCUGUUUGCCACUCUACUCUCCAUUUUCAUUAUUUGCACCGCCAUGGUCUUGGCCGUGCUCUUUCUCAGAUUCCGCCAACGCAGUGAGCAUCCAGAGUUCCACAGGCUUCAAGACCUCCCUAUGGAUGAUCUCCUAGAAGACACACCAUUGUCAAGAUACACCUAUUAGCAAGAGAGAACUCAGAGCCAACGUUUCAUAAUUUGAUCCCUCAGGCACCCAGUUUUACUGUUGAUUGUAAAUCCAUUUCCAACAUCCAACUGAUCAUGAGCUUUGAUGGUUCUCAGGAAUUUUGUGGCAAAACUGUCUUGAUAAAUUUGCAUUAUAAUAGGAUAACAUUUGGAAUGCAUAAAUUAGGAUAAAAUUAGUUAUUCCCUAGGGUUUAAUGAAAUGCAGACAGCAAAAACAUAAAUCUGAGAUACCUGAGGAAUGAUAUAUUGUCUUGAGAAUAAAAACUAUAAGUAUUUCCAGAGUUUUAAUAUUAGUAAUGAUAGAACUUGAUGUUGGCUUGAGAUACUGUUCUCCUGAAAAAAAAAAUAAUCUUUUUUUUUAGAGACUAUAAUUGUUGCUCAACAUCAUGUAACUAUCCUUUUGGUUAAUUCAUUAGUUUUUUUUUUUAAAGUAAAAAAAAAAAAAUAGAAUUCUAUACAAGCAAAUAAUACCAUACUUUUAUUCUUUUCAGGGGUUUCAGUGUUUCAGAGACUAUUUUUUUGGGAAGACUUCCCUAUUUUUAGUAUAAAUUCCUCUGAACUUUUGCACUGUUAGAGCUAUGAUAUUGUAGUGAGAAAAACCUUUUUUCUUUCUUUCUUUUUUUUUUUAAUGUGACAGUGUUUUACAGAAUGAUGAAAUAUUUGGGGUUAAACUGAAUUGUGAUUUUGAUAUUUUUGACAAAGUUGAUUGUCUUGACUGCUUAUGAAGGUUUAAAGUAUGUAAAAUAACUUGACAUUUAUUUUAGCAUAUUCACUUCUGUCUUCUCUUGUGUUUGUGGUAAACCUAGUGCCUACUGUACUUUGUGCCAAAACUGACUUACGGUAAAUUAACUGGUAAAUAUAUAUUGCACAGUUGUGUUGGUGAGAUUAACCUGUAAAGAGAAGUUUGUAAUCAAAGAAAACAGUUUUGUGAUGGUUCAUGCUGUAUCACAUUUACACAAGUUCAAUAACAUGUGUACAUGUAAAAGUCCUCAAUGGGUAAAAUUGGGGUACAGUAUAUACAAAUAUGAAUAAUA